AUGGUGGAGUCCAGGGCAGUUGACCAGUCGGCGUGGGUGUCUGUAUGGACGAAGGUGGUCACUGAUGUGGCGAACUACUUCAAGCUUCCGAACUAUUCAAUCCAGCUUCGUGACAUGAUGCAAGACUGGGCAGCACAACUGGAUGAGGAGUGCAACAAGACCGGAGUGAUUAAUAGAGCAAGGUUGAUGGGCUGGAAGGGCAACGUGAAGGAUUCCAAGCGGGACAUCAUCAAGUACCUUUUUGAAAAGAGGGCCGCUGAUGAGAAGAAGAAGGAGAUGGAGGACGACGAGUCUGGCCGCAAGAAGUUCAUGGAUAUUCUGCUUGAGGUUAUUGGUGGCAGUGGCAGCGGUCCUGAUGCGCCCCCGCCGCAGCCGAUCGGAGAUGCCAAAGUACAAGUAGCUGAUGAGCUCACGCUCGAUAACUUUAACUUCGCACCCGUGAAGGUGAACGCCAAUGCAGUUAAAUACGAUGUCAAGGCACUUGGGGACUUGUGUACGCUCGAGCUCAUGAAGUUGCGGCACGUCGACGAGGGCAUCUCCAUGAUCAAGCACAGGCACGUCAUGAAGCUUGGCACCGUGAAGAUCCCCGAGGGUUCUGGUGCAGUGUUCACUGCGUGGGGAACGCCGACGACGGGCAUGACGAAGUCGAUCGAUCCCGAGUUCGUGCCAGCUUGGGGCGUGACCAGGUUGCCCUUGCUCAACGAGAAGCUUGGCACUGAGAACGUUCCUAGCCUCAGGCUGGCCUUCCAUGAUGUUCAGAUUCCAGCCUGCACUGCAGGCUACAGCACACCAACCAUCACUCUUUCGGUGCCGUUCCUGGUGGUGAAUGAGAGUAUCUUCAAGAUGGAGAUUGGGCAGUGGACCGAGCUCACCAGGCUCGAGUUCGCUGAGGGGAAGCAGGUGAAGGAGGCUGCAGGUGCGGGCGCGAGCUUGCGCAAUCGGACGCUCAAGCUCGGCGACAGCGACGAAGCGCACGCCGAGCAGGUCCUCAAGCUGGCCAAGAGGGCG